UAUGGAUAGACUGGUGCAUAUCCGGCUGUAGUCAAAGAAAGCUGUGACACUUAAAGAAAGAGUGAGAAGAAGAUGACAACAAUGAAAAUAUGGUUAUUUUGUUACUUGCUUGUGAUUUUGGCCUGCUCUUUUGCACAUACAUUAUCAACAAGCGUUGGAACGGAUCGCGAUAUUCCAAGGACAUGGUGCAUUGCAAAUCCUCUGUCUCUAAAGACCAAUUUACAGAGGGAUAUAGCUUUCCUAUGCACAAAUGUCGACUGUAGCUCUAUAAGACCCGGCGGUGCUUGUUUUAAUCCAAACACUUUCCAGAAUCAUGCUUCCGUGUUGUUCAACCUUUACUACAAGGCUCAUGGGGCUCAAGAAUCCUAUUGCAAAUUUGGUGGUGAUGCCAUGCUAUCUCUAUCAGAUCCUUCAUAUGGAACGUGCAAGUUCGAGUAAACGCGAUGUUAAACUUGGAAUAAAUCAUCAUCAGUCUUGGAAAUGCAUAAGGCUCCCCGCUUGUGUUAUCUGAUGAAAUAAAGCUUACCAUCAUGGUCAUAUUUUGGUCAUGAUACUCCUUGUCCAUUCAACUUAUCUAAUAAAAGUCGGAGCAUCUUUCGAUGGAAAA